AUGCUUCGAGUUGCUAGCGAUAAUCACAUUUUCGGAACUGGCAAUAUUAUCGACACUUCCUCCAUCAAUAAAGCUGGACCUGCCGCCGAGUGCAGACAGUCCAGCUCCAACGCGGACGAUGUCAAGUGUGACCGCCACGCUCAUCUGCAAAAUUCUGAAAACCACAACCCCAACACCCUCUCCCAAGACAUCAAUCUAUCCGUCCAAAUCCACGAUGCACUAGUAGACGAAAAGCAAGCCGGCAAAGCGCUGCUUGCUACGAAGGCUCGUGUCAAAGCCGUCUGGCAUAUAUGGGAGGCCAAGAUGAAGCGAGAUGAGAUUGCCGAGCUGGAUCAGAAAUACGAUGACCUGCGCGGUGAGUACGGAAAGCUUGGAGAUGAGGCGGCUACAGUUGCUGUUCAGCUGGCCGCAAAGCGAUGCGAGGCCAGAGAGUGGAAGAUCGUGGCAUAUGAGGAAGACUGGAAGGGCAUUUUCGAUGACGAUAUGGAUAAAGAGUGA